AAGAGUGUGGUCUCAAAUGCCGUAAGAGAGAUUAGCACAGCAAAGAGAGAAUUACCCUUUAACAAAAGGGGCACACUUUUUUUCCUUUUUCUUUUUAAAAAAGGAAGAAACAAAAAGACGAGCAAAAAAAUAGUAUUAAGACUCUGGAAGAGUGGAGAGAAUUUGGUGGGUCAUAUCAUAUGGUGAGUGUAAGAAAUUGCUCUUUAGUGGCCGUUGUUAGUUUUUGCUUCUUCCAUGAUGUUGAUGCGUCCAACCAUUUUUUCAAUUAAUGGGAACCUCUCCUGAGUGGGUCACAGCAGCACCACCCAACACAGUCACAGAUAUCUUUGGUAGACCAAGUUUUGCGGCUGCUGUCUGAGACUUGCAUGGAAAUAGAGGCAAUUGUUUUUGCGUGAUUUGCCGGUGUCUUCAAUUUAGUGGUUCUCUGAAGGAUAACUAUUUGAGAAAAGGAAGUGAAGGAGGAAAGAAGCUCCACGAGCAAGUUUCAAGAACACAAUUGUAUAGUCAUGUCUGUGACAUUACUAUGGGUUGCUUCCUUCCCUGGUUUGGAGGUUUCGCGUUCCCCCGGGUUAUUUGAUUCUAUCCAACAUGCGAAGUUCUUGGAUUCUUCGAAGGUUAUGUCUCAAGAUUAUGGGUCGAUUAGAGCGAAGGAUAGGGAGAGGAGAUGGAGAUUUUACUCUUUGAGUACAGACAUGAAGUAUGCAUGUGUUGGACGGUCUGGCUUAGAACGUGCUAGCAACUUCCCUAUGGUAGCGAAUGUGCUAGCAAACCCAGCAGCUGGAGAAGUGGCUGUUUCAUCAGAGCAGAAGGUCUAUGAUGUGGUGUUGAAGCAGGCAUCUUUGGUUAAGAGGAAGUUUGGCUCUAUGGGUGAAAUUGAUGCAAGACCAGAUAUUGCUCUGCCUGGGAAUUUGAGUUUGUUGAGUGAAGCAUAUGAUCGUUGUGGAGAAGUUUGUGCAGAAUAUGCUAAAACAUUUUACCUGGGAACUCUCCUAAUGACUCCCGAAAGACAAAGAGCUAUUUGGGCAAUAUAUGUGUGGUGCAGGAGAACAGAUGAACUUGUUGAUGGCCCUAAUGCUUCUCAAAUUACACCAGGUGCUUUGGAUAGGUGGGAAUCAAGACUGGAAGAACUUUUUCAGGGUCGUCCAUUUGAUAUGCUUGAUGCUGCUUUAUCUGAUACAGUUGCCAGAUUUCCUGUUGAUAUCCAGCCAUUUAAAGAUAUGAUAGAAGGAAUGAGAAUGGAUCUUAAGAAGUCGAGAUACAAAAACUUUGAUGAACUAUAUCUUUACUGUUACUAUGUUGCUGGGACAGUCGGUAUAAUGAGUGUUCCAAUCAUGGGCAUUUCUCCAUAUUCACAAGCCACAACUGAGAGUGUUUACAAUGCUGCCUUGGCCCUGGGAAUUGCAAAUCAGUUAACAAACAUCCUCAGAGAUGUUGGAGAGGAUGCCAGCAGAGGAAGAGUGUAUCUACCUCAAGAUGAGUUGGCUCAAGCAGGGCUCUCAGAUGAAGACAUAUUUGCUGGUAAGGUGACAGACAAGUGGAGGAACUUCAUGAAGAGCCAAAUAAAAAGAGCUAGAAUGUUUUUUGAUGAGGCAGAAAAGGGAGUGACGGAGCUCAAUGAAGCUAGCAGAUGGCCGGUUUGGGCGUCCUUGCUGUUGUAUCGCCAGAUUUUGGACGAGAUUGAAGCUAAUGAUUACAACAAUUUCACCAGAAGGGCUUAUGUGGGCAAAACCAAGAAGUUUCUUUCCUUGCCAGUGGCUUUUGCUAGAUCUAUGGUUCCUCCAUCAAAAGUACUAUCUCCUGUAAUGAAAACCUAA